UCGAUUCAGCUUCAUCCUGCACAGUCGAUCCUGUUGCAGGGACAACCAACAAGCUGAUGUUCCUGAAACGCACACAGUGAAAACGCUGACACUAUGGAUUUCAAUGUCAAGAAACUAGCGUCGGAUGCAGGCGUCUUCUUCACUCGUGCUGUCCAGUACACAGAGGAGAAGCUUGGCCAGGCAGAAAAGACUGAGUUAGAUGCGCAUCUGGAGAACCUGAUCGCUCGAGCAGACUGCACCAAAAACUGGACCGAAAAGAUCUUCAGACAGACCGAGGUGCUGCUUCAACCCAACCCAAUUGACCAAACUGGUGCCCGUAUUGAAGAGUUCUUCUAUGAGAAAUUAGACCGAAAGAUCCCAUCCAGAACCACCAAUGCAGAGCUGCUGGGACAGUAUAUGCAGGAUGCUGCAAAGGAAUUUGGACCAGGAACUCCAUAUGGCAGUACUUUGAUCACUGUUGGAGAGUUCCAGAAGAGGUUAGGUGGAGCAGAGCGGGAUUUCUUACAUACAUCAGCCAUCAAUUUCCUCACACCUCUGAGGAACUUUCUAGAGGGUGACUGGAAAACUAUUUCGAAAGAGAGAAGACUGCUUGAGAACCGGCGCCUUGACCUAGAUGUUUGCAAAGCUCGACUCAAGAAAGCAAAGUCAGCAGAGGCCAAGGCUGCUGCUGCGCCUGACUUUCAGGAGACUAGGCCACGCAAUUAUGUUCUGUCCGCCAGUGCAUCUGCGUGGGAUAGUGAAGUUGGUGAUUCAUAUCUGAGUGACAGAGAAAAGCUCUGGAGUGAGGAAGUUGAUAAAGCAGAGCAUGAGCUGCGCGUGGCUCAGACUGAGUUUGACAGGCAGGCAGAGGUGACACGCCUCCUGCUGGAGGGCAUCAGCAGCACACAUGUGAACCACUUGCGUUGUCUGCAUGAAUUUGUGGAGGCACAGGCUGCUUAUUACGUACAGUGUCACAAGCACAUGCAGGACCUUCAGAAAGAGCUGAGCAGUGCAAACGGAGAUACGUUUCCUAAUGCUUUUGCUGUGAAUGCCUCCACAUCAGGGGUGUCGACAGGCUCUUCUCCCCAUUCCAUUGCAACUCUACCUGGGCCUUCUUCACCUAGUCAUCCCCCAAACCCCUCCAAUGCCCUGGAGUCCAGCACCCUGAAGAUUGAGGAGGUGAAGCCUCCCGCCACUGGCACUCGCAAGGCCAAAGUGCUGUAUGACUAUGAUGCUGCAGAUUCAAGUGAACUUUCCCUUCUCUCUGAUGAGCUGAUUACGGUGUACACGGUGCCCGGAAUGGACCCGGACUGGCUUAUUGGAGAGCGAGGCAACCAGAAAGGCAAAGUGCCUGUCACAUACUUGGAGCUCCUAAGCUAGACGCCACAUCUUCUCCACAAAUGCAAAGUAACACUCAAUUAUGCAUGAACAAAUACUCAAGCACUCCUGAACACUGAAUUUACCUAGUUUCUUACUAUUUCGUUUUUUUUUUUAUACCUAGAUUUACAUUUAGGUCUGUCUUGUUCUGAUGUUAUUGUGCAGAAAUAUGUAUUAUUAUUUUUUAUGCCCUGGUUCUGUGUGUAUGUUGUUUCAUUUGGACACAAUCCUGAAUAAGGAAUUUCUUAAAAUAACUGAUUUGUGACCGCUAGAUUUCUAUAAAGUCCCUCAAAGUGAAGAAAACAAACUUAAAAGCUUUGUGUUUGAGCUGGAUGGAAAUUUGUGUGUGAUCAUGUUCUGAAGAUACUAAACAUCUAGAAUUUGCUUCUUUGCAUGUUGUCUCACUCAUCAAGCUUAUAUGUUGGUCUUGGCGUGGCAUAUCAGCGUGUUUGAUUCCGAAAGAGGCAUUUUUGUGUUUUGUAAAAGAUUGACAAGAUUGUAAAGGUAUUAGGUGUGGUUAUGAUAUACAGUAUGUACAUCAUAGUAUGUAAUAAGAUUGAAUUUAUUUACCCUCAUUAGUAGUUAUCCACAUUCACAUCUGCUCAGUCAGCACCUUCGUCUCUGUGUUCUGUGCUUGUUCCAAAAAGCAAUGCAUAUUGAAUGGAUACAAUUUGAAUAUCUAAUAAAGAGAGUUUUAAUGGGU